AUGGAAUCUUCGAUGUACUACUACAUUUUGCUAUUCAUUUCCUUCCUUCUCCUGAAGAAAUAUUUGCAGAAAGCUAAUAGACUGCUCCCACCAAGCCCUGGUCUAUCUCUACCAGUUAUAGGUCAUCUCUACCUCCUCAAAAACCCCCUACAUAGAACACUUGCAAAGGUAGCCGAUAGAUCUGGUCCAAUUGUAUACAUCAAAUUUGGCUCUCGCCCUGUCAUUCUUGUAUCCUCCCCAUCUGCAGCUGAGGAAUGCUUCACAAAGCACGACGUCGCUUUUGCAAACCGUCCAAAGCUGCUUGCUGGAAAGUACCUUGGUUAUAACUAUACCACAAUUACCUGGGCUUCUUAUGGCUCUCACUGGCGCAACUUGAGACGCAUUGCUUCCAUUGAACUACUGUCAUCCAACCGCCUUCAGAUGCUUCAGGGCAUACGUGUAGAUGAAGUCCGGUCACUCAUUUGCAGGCUAUCUCGAGGGUCUAAUGGUGGUGAGUUUCAGAGUCUAGAGAUGAAGUCGAAAUUUUUUGAACUAACACUUAAUGUCAUGAUGAGGAUGAUUGCUGGGAAGAGAUACUACGGGGAGGAUAUAGCAGAAUCGAUAUCAGAUGAAGCCAAGCAGUUUCAGCAAAUUGUAGCAGAAACGUUUCAACUGAGUGGGGCUGGUAACGGUGCAGAUUUCUUACCAGUCCUGAACUAUGUGGGAGUAAGUAAGCUUGAGAAGAAGUUGAUAAUAUUGCAGAAAAAGAGGGAUAAGUUCUUGCAAGAUUUGAUCGAUCAACACAGACAAGAGCAGAGUGGCUCAACUUUGGAACACAGGAGCAAGACCAUGGUCGAUGUCAUGUUGUCACCGCAAGGAACUGAACCCGAAUACUAUAAUGAUGAAAUCAUAAGGGGCUUGAUGCAUGUCAUGUUAUCAGCAGGAACAGACACCACAGCUGGAACCAUGGAAUGGGCUCUAUCGCUCUUGCUCAACAACCCAGAAGCCCUUGCAAAGGCUCAGAAUGAAAUUGAUGAACAAAUUGGGCAAAGCAGGCUAGUUGAGGAAGCAGACCUUGCCAAGCUUCCCUAUCUUAGUUGCAUCAUAUAUGAGACCCUCAGAAUGUACCCAGCAGCCCCGCUUCUGCCUCCUCAUGAGGCAUCAGAAGACUGCACCGUAGGAGGCUUCCAUGUUCCACGUGGAACGAUGCUGUUGGUGAAUGCAUGGGCCAUACAGAAUGAUCCUGAGUUGUGGGCGAAGCCUGAGCAAUUUAAGCCGGAGAGGUUCCAAAAUGUACAAGGGGAAAGAGAUGGUUUCAAGUGGUUGCCAUUUGGGACAGGAAGGAGAGGAUGUCCUGGCGAAGGCUUAGCAACCCGGAUUGUAGGGCUGACCUUAGGGUCACUGAUUCAGUGCUUUGAGUGGGAGAGAAGUGGUGAGGAGAUGGUGGACAUGACUGAAGGGGCUGGACUUGCCAUGCCUAAAGCUCACCCUUUGCUAGCAAAAUGCAGGCCACGCCCAACAAUGCCGGCUUUAUUGUCUCAACUAUGAGAGGAUCUUAUCCCAGGCAUACAUACAGUGCUUGCAAAUGCUAUUAGA